GUUUAAUAUAGGUAGUAUAUGGGCGCGUGAUCACCUUUAUAUUACCUCUUAUAAAAACAAUGCAAAAGUUGAAUCGACCUUAUUCGCUUAUUAAAAUCGAUAUAAGAUGUGUUACUUCGUGAAUCAUCAUCAGGACUAAAGAAAAAUUAAAUUCGAGCGUAGUACCAUACCACCAACCAACCAACCAACCAACCACCAUAUCAAGUAACAAAAAGUUAUUUCUUUUCAUUCAAAUUUGGAGAAUAAGUAUAACUCACGAAGGUCUAGUUCGAAUGAAAAUAGCGAGGAAAGCUUUGACGUGUCAUUCGUAGUAAAACUAUCGCACACAAGUAUGUAAUGUGAGAGAUGUGACACGUGUAUAGCCGUGCGGUUAGCGUGAUAGUUCAAACUCCUGAUUGUACGAAUGCGGAGAAAAAUGAAUCGGUAUAUAACAUUGAACCAACUUGGUGACGGUACCUUUGGUUCCGUUGUUCUCGGUGAACGCAUUGACACUGGUGAAAAGGUCGCCAUCAAGAGAAUGAAAAGGAAAUACUAUUCUUGGGAAGAAGCUAUGAAUCUUCGCGAGGUCAAGUCCUUGAAGAAACUUAGCCACGCGAACGUUGUAAAGUUGAAGGAAGUUAUUCGAGAAAAUGACGUCCUAUACUUUGUCUUCGAGUAUAUGAAAGAGAACCUCUAUCAAUUAAUGAAGGAUAGAGACAAACUUUUCCCAGAACCGGUAAUUAGAAACAUGGUGUAUCAAGUAUUACAAGGACUCGCUUUUAUGCACAAACACGGUUUUUUCCAUCGUGACAUGAAACCGGAAAAUUUAUUAUGCAUGGGACCGGAAUUAGUCAAGAUAGCUGACUUUGGAUUAGCCCGGGAAAUACGGUCGAGGCCACCCUAUACCGACUAUGUGUCGACUAGAUGGUAUAGAGCACCAGAAGUAUUACUGCAUUCCACAAAUUACAACAGUCCGAUAGACAUUUGGGCCGUUGGAUGUAUCAUGGCUGAGCUUUACACAUUUAGACCAUUAUUUCCUGGUAAAAGUGAGAUAGACGAGAUCUUUAAAAUAUGUUCGGUUAUUGGUACACCAGACAAAGACGAUUGGCCAGAAGGUUUUCAAUUAGCAGCAGCAAUGAAUUUCAAAUUCCCAAAUUUUACGAAAACUUCAUUAACUAUAUUGAUACCUAAUGCUAGUCAAGAGGCUGUGAUACUGAUGGAAGACAUGUUACAAUGGAAUCCUAUAAAAAGACCAACGGCACAACAGUCAUUGAGAUAUCCAUAUUUCCAAGUUGGUGUACCGCGUGUGGUUAGCAGUAAGAAAAUCGGAGUUGCGUCACAGAGAGAAUUGAUAAUGAACAAAGUCAAUCUUCCAGCGCCGAUUCCUAAACAAUACAAUUAUCCGCAGCAGCAGCAGCACCAGCAGCAGCACCAGCAGCACCAGCAUGAAGUUAUCAAUAAUAACGUAGUACAAUCUAGAAUGCAAGAGAAGAAUAUACAAUUACCGCAGCAACAACCGGUAUUACCAUUGUUGAAUCAUAAUAACCGUAAACGUGAUAACCAUUCGUCUAAAUGGGACGAAGAUGAUUUCGCUGAUCUUUUAGGAAGCAAGAUAGUUCCAGAGAGCAUGGAAACUAAGCUACUACCUGAUCGAGUUUACAAAGAAAAUCGUGCCAAUUGGAAUGCCAACUAUGCCGAACCGGACAAUUUCAAGCAGACCAAUGCCAAUUGGUCGUUGCCCGUUUGGAACGAGACGGUGCAAUUAAAGAAUUGGAAUCAGCAACAACAACAACAACAAUUGCAAUCGGCCACGAAAAACGCUAGGAAGGUCUCAGCUAAACAACAUUAUCUCAGUGUGGCUCGGUACGUCGCUGGCCAAACCACCAAUUUGUCGUCCAGAAACGGAGAUACCGAUUCGCAUGAAUCAAGGGUGACGAUGAACGGCACGACAAUGAUCGGUCCACCAAGUUCAGAAAAAUACGAAGAAUUCAAUGACUCUUUUUGGGGACCCAGAGAGAACGUUGACAAUCAAACGAGACAACAUUAUCUUCCAAGAAAUCGUUUUACCAGUGUUUAUGGUACGCAAAAUAUCAAACCUCAAAAUAAAUCGGCCUUACAAUCAAAUCUUUUUGGAAGUGUCCUAAAUGUUCGAGGAAGUGGUGGUCUCCACGGUAGAACUGAUUGGGCUGCUAAAUAUCUCAAAUGACCACCACGUUACAAUUCAUCCUGAAAUGGAAGUUUUCAUUUUUACUGAUACUUACCUUAAUCUGUGAUAGAAUGAUUUUAAUCGUUCCAAUAACGGUAGCAUCUUGCAGGAUCGAUCGUUCAUUAUAGAAACUACAUUUCUAUUCCGUAACAUUCAAUAUCCAUCAAUUGCAGCUUUCAUUUGUUCUUUUUUCUAAUUAAAACAAUUUCUUUUUUUUUUUUUUUUCAAACCCAUGUAAAAAGAAAACGUGCGCGAUCGUGUUUAUCGUUACAUAAAUAUCAAUGAAAGCUAGGAAACUCAACGAUCAUAAAAUAUCAUAUUUCAAUGUCCAUAAUAUAGACGAAUUUCAGAGCCAAAAAAUGCUAUAAUAGAAUAUAUUAACGUAGUAUUCGAAUAAUUAAUAUUAUAAUAUAAUCAUUAUUUAAGAUGUAUAUAUAUAUAUAUAUGCAUAUUGAUUAUUUGUACAUAGUAAUAUUAUCGCGACAUUGAGUAAAAUCUCUUUUAAUUUUGAUUAAUUCUUAAACGAUUAUGUCAACCCUUUUCUGAUCGAUUGAUUUAUUUAUUUGAUUGAUCUAAUAGCAGAGUAAUAUACUCAGUGUCGUAUUUGAUACAAUAAAAUAUAUGGAAGUAAAGAAAUGAUAAUAAAAGUAAUGGUAUAAUAUAAAAAAAAAGAAUAAGAAUUAUUUCUAUUAGUCAUUAAGUGUAGUUUUAAAAGGGGAAACAUAAUGUGAUUUGUUAUCAUAUUAUUUAUCACUCGCAUAAAUUCUUCUCUCUAAAUUAUUCUUAUUUUUAUUCUUCUGUUUCUUCUUCUUCUUCUUCUUCUUAUUAUUAUUAUUAUAGUCUCUUUAUUGAAUCCUUUUCAUAUUCGUACUUAUUAUUUAAUUAGUACAAUUCGUAUCAAGAGAUGAGGGGGUUUUCUUUGUGUAAAGAACAAUAUACAUUUUUUUCUAUAGUCUUUACACAAGAGAGAGUACACAAUUCUUCAAUCCUAACAUUAGUCCACUUUUAGUGAUCAUAAUAAUUCAUUAUUUGUAUUAAUUCAUUACGAAUUUAAUUCGUUUCGCAAAAAAGCAAUUUUUCCUUUUUCUGUUUGUUACUGUUGUACUUCCUUAUGUUACGCGUAGUAUAUGUACAAUAAAACGAGCACGAUAUAUGUUUGAUAUUAAACUUAAAUACGAUAUUUAUCAUUUUUAUCAUGUAUGAAUUGUAUUCACGUAUAGUGCGUCACGUAUAGUGCACGUAUAGUGCACGUAUAGUGCACGUAGAGUCAGAGAAAGAAUUUAUAUUUUUAUUUAUUUUUUUGUUUUUAAAGGAAAAUAUUAUUUAAUAAAAAUUCUUUUCAUUUUCUUUUGUUUUCUUUUUUUUUUUUGUUGCAUGUAUGUAGCAAAAUAAGAUACAUACAAAGAUACGUUUAACAAAAAUAUAUAUAUAUAUAUAUAUAUAUAUGUUCCUUCUCUACUCUUCUCAAAUGCAAUUAUUAUUUAUAAUUAGUUUCGCAUUAUGUUUCAGUUUACACACACUUGGAAGUCAUUUCUAAUUACUAUAUAAACAAAUCUACGGCUACUACUUUUUUCUCGACGAUAUUACUGGAAUCAUGUAUUAUUGAAAAUUGUUUUGAAAUGAAAAAUUGUUCCUUUGAAAUGUUUAUUACUACCGACGAAAGACUGACUAUCCCAAUUUUGUUUACUCCCUUUUUUUUGUUUGUUUGUUUGUUAAUUUUCAUUUUUCUUUAUUUUUGAAUGAAGAAACUUCUCAUUCCUUUUUAUUUCUAUGCAUAGUACGCAAAGAUAUAGAUAUUUACGUAUGUGAUUAAUGUUGUUUUUAAUAGACGAUAUGUUUUUUGUUGCGAAUAUGAUUUGUGUGUACAUUUAACCAUUGAUAAAAUAUGUUUAAUAUGAUUGACAGUGCUUAACAUUAGAUUGGAUUAGUCAAAUUUCAUAGUAAUAGGGUCUUCUUACAAUUUUUUGUAGAAAUGUUCUAUUCAAUUUGAUAGAUUAAAGCAGUUUAAGUUUCCAAACUUAACAAAUAAUAAUUAUCAACUAAAAAGACAAAUGAAACACUUUGGGAACCAUUGUAUUAAACAAUACAAUACAAUACAAUACAAUACAAUAGAAUAGAAUAGAAGAAGAGAGAGAGAGAGAGAGAGAGAGAGAGA